AAAUCCGAAAGGUAAACACGGUGAUAGUAGUGCUGAAAAGUGUGUCCAGAAACGAGGAUAAAAAGCAAAACUCCGCAGGAAAAGGUGAAACGAUGACAUCGCUCGCAGAUUUUGAUGAGGAAUGCGGUGAAGACGUCUUCRAACUCCCCGAAAUUUGUCUGAAAAUAUUAAGGCACUUGGGUGAAACGUGUGAAGGACAGUUUCAUGGCGAAGGAAUCGCUCAGUUUGAGGACGGACACAUGUUYAAGGGGAUGUUCUCUGGAGGACUWAUGCAUGGACUCGGGGUUCUCAUUCUGGAAACCAGCCUGAAAUACGAGGGAGAGUUUUCGUGCAAUAAACCAUCAGGCCGGGGCACCUACACCUGGAUGGAUGGCAGCAGCUAUACGGGGGRGAUCUGCUGUGGUCGACGACACGGGACGGGCUCCUACAAAUCUGCCAACCAUGGUCCUUCUUACGUAGGGCAGUGGGACCAGGAUAGGAGGCAUGGAGAGGGUACAGUGUAUUAUAAUGAGGACAAGACAUCUUGGUACAAAGGACAAUGGGUGAUGAACAGCAGAGAGGGAUCAGGAGUAAGACGCUACCCCUCUGGUAACACUUACUCUGGUGAGUGGAAGAACAAUAUGAGGCAUGGCGAGGGCACCAUGAAUUGGCUGAAAGAGGGACAGCGUUAUGAAGGAAGAUGGGAAAAUGGAGUCCAGCAUGGUUUUGGCAGGCACGUGUGGAUCGUAGAGCGAGCAGAUGUCUCCCAGUAUUUCCAGAGCAACCAGUACAAGGGGAAUUUCUCUGAGGGUCAGAGGCACGGAGAAGGGACUUUUUACUACGCUGGCGGUGCCGUCUACACAGGAGGAUGGAAAAACAAUAAAAAACAUGGACAGGGUAAAUUCACUGCCACGAAUGGACAAGUGUUUGAAGGAGAGUUUGUGGAUGACCGACUGAUGAGACCCAGUUUAGCCGGAACUGGAACAUCAUGUGACGAGGCCAGUUCUGCAGAGAUCCACUCUCCUUUCACCCCCAUGCUUCUUCGGGAGUUCCUCAGUAGACUUGUGAUUCUGGCUUUCCACAUCUACAAGAAAGACAUGAUGUCUGAAAAGCACCUUCUGGCCUCCUGCCUCACCAAACUGUUGACCGAAGAUCUUCUUCCGAACGCCACAAAAGUUAAAGGCUUCCUGUUCAGGCAGCGAGAUGUUGCCCUGGAGGCCUUGAAGUACACGGAGAGGUGCUGGGACGUCUUCGAGGUGUUCUGCGCUGUCAACACGUCCCGCCGAGACGAGAAGACCGUGACCUGGAGACAGCUCAUGUGGAUGUUUAAGGAUCUGCGUCUGUUCGAUCAGCAGCUGACAACAACAAAAUUUAUGGAGGUCAGCACCGCAGAGUACCGUGACAUCAACAGAUCGGCCUUUUUGCAACAACAGAUCACAUUCCUGGAGUUUUUCGAAUGUCUUCUGGGCUGUGCAGAGGUGAAGCGUCAGCAGGUCUGUGAUGAUCCGGAGAACCAGGUCCUGUUCAGAUCUGAGGACCAGAUCAGAGGGAAUCUGCUGAAGGAUGAGAACCAACAGACAGGAAACAUCACUGCUCAGGAUGUGGCAAGUGGAGAAGAAGUCAAAAGUCAAGAAAUACCUCAAGUCGAAGAUCACACUGAGCAUCAAUAUGAAGUAAAAGAUGAGCCACAAAGCAAAACGGAAGCCAAAACCCCUCAAGUAGAGCUCCUCAUCCUGACAAAUCGAUGGUUUUUUGAGGAAUAUUUCCUUCCUGCAUUUAACAAUUACCAGUCAGUGACAAGAGAGAUGAGGAAGAACCAGAGCAAAGAACUGCACUUAUAAUCAAUUCAUGCUCAUAACUGUUGGUCUGUAAGGUUGACAUUAAAUAUGAAUAAGCAGAAAAACACACAAAGAAAGAAGUCAUUUGUUCUGAAAUUUUCACAGUUGAAAAUCAAAACCAUAAAUCUACAUUUAAAGCAAGUGUUUGUCGUUGUUUUAUAAUUAAAAGACGACAAUUGGACAUCCUGUUUGAACUUUAUUUAUAACUUUAUGCAAAACAAAAAUAUUUUUUUACUACUCAAAACAACUCAGUCAAAAAAACACGGGUUUAAAAGACAGUAUCAAAGUAUAUUCAUGUAAAAAACAAAACAAACAAACAAA